AUGGCUACCAAUUCAACAACUCCAGAACUACCGAAUGAUACUGAACAUCUAUCGGGAUCUGUAGCGUCAUUGGAGGCCCGGGGUGCUAAUCCUGAAAGGUUUCUCUAUAAAGAGCUUUGCCGCACACAUUUAGGAGAAAGAGCUUCUGCAAUCAUAGAACUUCUGGUUUCCAAAGGCCGUAUGUCUGCCAGAGAAUUGUGCGAUCGGUCAGAGAUGGAUCUCAAAAGUGUCAAACGCAUUUUGGUCUCAUUGGUACAACUCCGUUGUGUGCAAUAUUGCAACGAAAUUCAUGCAGCAUCAAACCGUUCUACGAUAUACUACUACUACUGCGAAGAUGGGAUGCUUUUGAUGCUGUAUGCCGGUGAAAUCGUGGAAACAGUAAAAGAAGUUUUCAAGUCUGAUCUGGCUUCGCAAAUUGUGCAGAAUGUUUUGGCUUUAGGAUCAUUAACCGUAAAAGCAUAUUUAAGUGCUGGUCUUUCAAGCGACUCACCAGCUCAAGUUUCUGCAUUUUUCGUUAAAUUGUGUGAUGCUGGAUUUUUGACUCCAUUGACAGUAACUGACUACGCUACCACGAGAGACUUAUGGGCUCGACUUUAUGCUAAACAAUACAAUGCAAUCCCCAAAACCUCUACGUUGUCGGACCUCAAGAAAAGAACAGAGGCCAAGCAAAAAGCAAAGGAACAAUUCAACAAACUUCUUUGCCCACCAGAUACAUCAGCGCUCUUUCAAACGGAUCCAGAAACUUCCAUGAGAAAAGUCGUUGAAUCUAUACCGUUGGCACUAAACUUAAAAACCUACUUAAAAGUGAGAAGAUCUAAACAAUUGGUUCAAUUAUCUGCUGCAAGAGUAGGUGCCAUACCCUCUGCUAUCUACAAGAUAGUCCUUCAGGUAACGGAACGACAUGCACCAGACGUUAUCGAUCCGUUGACCAAAACCGGGCUUCUUCAAGAUGCUGACGAGCAAGCAGCUAUACGUGAAGAUUUCAUCUUUGCUGAGGAGAAGACACAAGGGACAAACAUCAGCGCUACUGAUAUUGCCAGGCUUCUUCCCGAUACGCUAGACCUGCGUGGAACUAUCGUUUCUCAGAUGAAAAGACCACGUUCUAACGGUAACGACUCGCAGCCUACGAAGAGGGUCAAGACCGAAGACGGUUUUGUAAUCCCAUCUUUACCUGCAAACCCAGGAGAUGAUGCCGAAUUAGACAACGAUGCCGCCCUGGAUUUUGAUGAAAACGAUGACGAUCCCCAUUCUGUGAUGUUAGUCAACGCUCAUUUAAAACUACUCUCUACAUCUGCUGUGCCUUUUCUCCAUGAGUCUCAGCCGGGUCAGUAUUUCGUACCAUACUCAAAACUACUGCCGUUGCUAAAGUCCUGUGUCUACGAAACAUUAAUAAGCUACACUCUAGGAGCAUCGGCCGCUCGAAUACUGCGUUGCAUAUGUGAUAAUAAAUUAGCAUCUGAGAAGGUUAUCAAUGCAACCGCCCUCAUGAAGGAAAAAGACAUUAGAUCUGUGAUCGCUAUUUUGAUAAAAUAUAGCGCAGUGGAAAUUCAAGAAGUGCCACGAACUGCUGAUAGAGCCGCGUCCAGGUCAGUUUUCCUCUUCCGUAAUAACGAAAAGCAUGCCUACGAGUUCAUGCUCAAAAACCUAACCUGGAACAUCGCUAACCUGUACCACAAAAUAGAAGAUCUCAAAAAUGAGAACUCAACGCUGCUGAAAAAAGCAAAUCGUGAUGACGUCAAGGGAAAGGAAGUUGAACUACUACUACCCAGCGAGCUUAAUCAACUGAAAAUGGUCAAUGAACGUGAGCUAAAUGGUCUUACCAGAUGUUCAAGACUUCUUUCUCUAUGGGAAGUGUUCAAGUUUUUCUGA